AGAGCAGGCAUCAUGGCAGCCCUCACUGCAUCAUCACGACACAUGGGGAUGUUUGGCUGCUGCUGGUGAACACUGUGUGAUGCAGAGGAGAGAGUCGAGGACUUCCUGGAAACCAAAGGCAAGCCGAGGAAACAGCAACGAGCUGGAGUGAAGGAGUGAAUACCUGGGAGGCUGUAGGUAGAAGAGAGUGAAGAGAAAGGGAGAUAAUAAUAAGAAAUACUAAAAAAGAAGGUGUGACCAAGUGGGAGGAGCCACAUUAUGAGUGGGAUCUUGAAGAGGAAGCUUGAGGAGGGCCCGUCCCCUUACCUCUCCCUGCAGGGGUCUGAUGAUGACGAGGUUUCCUGCAGCGACAGCGGCAACAGCAGCGAUAGUCUCAACCAUCCCGUCCCCUCCGGACUGCUGGACUCUUCUCUGCAGCAGCAGUCAAAGCGACUCCGGGGUCGCAAUGUGCACUUUGAGAGCGUGACAGUCUACUACUUCAACCGGCGGCAAGGCUUCACCAGCGUGCCCACACAGGGCGGCAGCACCCUGGGGAUGUCACCACGUCACAGCGGGGUGAAGCGCUUCACCCUCAGGGAGUUUGCCAUGGAGCAGAAAAGGAGCCACCGCAACAUGCUGAGGGAUCAUCUGAAAGAGGAGAAGCUCAAUGCCAUCAAACUCAAACUGACUAAGAAUGGCACCGUGUCAUCUGUGGAGGCAGAUACCUUGACACUCGACGACAUCUCUGAGGACGACCUGGAUGUGGACAACACAGAGGUGGAUGAUUACUUCUUCCUCCAGCCUCUGACUACCAGGAGGCGCCGCGCCCUCCUCCGCUCCUCCGGGGUCCGACGCAUCGACGUGGAGGAGAAGCACGAGCUGCGUACCCUCCGCAUGUCCCGAGAGGAGUGUGGGUGCCGCUGCCGUGGGAUAUGUGACCCGGAGACCUGUGCUUGCAGCCUGGCCGGCAUUAAGUGCCAGGUAAAUGGAACUGUGGUGGACCGCAUGUCCUUCCCUUGUGGCUGCACCAAAGAAGGCUGCAGCAACACCACGGGACGCCUGGAGUUCAACCCGGUCCGCGUCCGGACCCACUUCCUGCACACCAUCAUGAAGCUGGAGCUGGAGAAGAGCCGCGAGGAGCAGCAUCAGCAGCAGCAGCAGCAGUCGGAGCAGCAGCUUGUAACCAAUGGCAACGGUUACCAUGGCGACUCCUCCUUGGUCCAGCAGCAGCAGCAGCAGCAGCCGAACCUGCAGUUUCCUCUGAUGAGUAGCACGCCGCACAUUCCCAUCAUGCACCUCCAGAACACAGGCGACACGGAUUCACAUCUAGAUGAAGAAGAGGAAGAGGAGGAAGAAGAGGAGGAGGAGGAGGAGGAGGAAGAAGAAGAAGAAGAAGAGGAUGAGGAAGAGGAUGACGAUGAUGAAGCAUAUGAGGAAGAUGAGGAUGGCAGCAGUGUUUGCAGCGGGCUGUCGGACUGCAGCACACACAGCUUAGACACAAUCGACCCCGAGGAGGGAGAGGAGGACGAGGAGGACGAGGAAGACGAUGACGAGGAGGAAGAAGACGAAGAGGAGGAAGAUUGGGAUUGUUCAUUACAUGGAACAAGUCCUCCGCCCUACUCUGUUCCACUUCCUUCUGUGCUGAGUUACUCUAAUAACACACUCAUGAGCCUCAGUAACCCCUUCCACAACACUCCCUCCAUGCAGCACUAUCAGAUAGACAGCUCUGUAAAUGACACUCCUGCUUUUCUCAGUGAAAAUGUCACCGUCACUCCCACGCUCCCCACAGUAGAGACCGCAUUAGAGUCUGAAAUAAACACAGAACUCCACUGCCGAACACUCUCCGACCCCACAGAUUCCCUGACACCCCAAACUUGCUCACAUGCAGACACCCGUGAGACUGACGCUGCACCUGCUGGAGCGGCCGCCAAACAGCCGCUCUCCACAGACCGCCAGAACAAUCCAGACGACCAUGAGUCACAGACUGAGGCUUCGGCUGGGUCUCUGGAGCAGACAGGGGAGGAAAUAAAAGAGCCAUUACAGGAGCGACUGCAAAUGCAAGGAGCCUUGGAGGAUGAAAAGACAGACGCAUCUUUCUCAGAGAGUGUCUGAUGCUUUAGAAAGGGAUAGGUUGUUAUUUGGAAACCUUUAUUCAAGAAUUGUGACCUUCAACCAUCAGAGUUUGAUUUAUUCUUGAUAAGUGCACUUCCAAAGAGAAAAGAGUCAUACAGACGGCUCGAAGAGGUGAUAUAAUUUUAGCUCAGUUUGUCUCUAAACCUUUUCAAAAUUGCUGGUUUGGAUAAAUGACUAUAAAACUAUAAAAUGGUCGUUGAUUAAGCUCAAUAAAACAGUGUUUCUGUAAGUUACCUGUAACUACAUGGAGUAUCAUUUUGCCCUGUUAUAAAGUCUUUGAUCAUUACAGCAUGUUUUCUGGUUGUGACUGGCAUCUAUGACAAAUCUGUGAGAUUCUGAGGUGCUUGUAUUGUUUCACUAUUUUCCAUUGUUGUUGCUGGUGUCGCAUUCUUGCUGCUGAUCGUUCUGAAAUGCCUGUCUGUAAAGCAUGUGUUCAUUUUACCUGAGGUGUUUACACAAACUGUAAAAUGAUAAAUGAGGUCACUGGCAAAACACUGACAUUCAUGUGAAUUAUUACCAACACAAUGCGUUAUGUAGCUAGCUGCAGCUAUUGGAUCGAUUGCUUCAAAUUUGGUACAUUGGACAUUUAUAUUCCACACAGAAGUAAUUUUAAUAACUUUGGACAUCCCUUAAAGUGGCUAUAAAUAAAUAUUUUUAUAUUAACAAUGCAUCACAUGACUAUGUGUAUGUGUAAGGAGUGAUUAAUUAUUACCCAGUGCUAGCAGCGUUAGCAAUCUGCCUGUGAAGAAAGUGGAGCAUUUAGCAGAGCCAGAUAUUUCCCUCGGGAGUUGGUAGAGACCAAAAACAGAGAUAAAAAGAAGCUUCAUUCAUCAUUAAAUACAAAAUGUUUCUCAGUAUCUGCUGGUUGUGUGAAUCAGCAACCAUUUGCUAACAAGUUAGCAAUAGCAACUUGACGUGAUGAUGUCAGUGUAUGCAGCUUCUGGAGGCAUAAAUUAUUAAAUUAUUGCAAAUUUCACUUUGUCCAAAACUUAUGAUUAAAUAUCUGCACAACUUAUGACAUUUACUUCUGCACUAAUUAGCAAAAACUGAGACGAUAAACUGCUAAACAUCAGCAGGUUAGCAUUGUCAUUGCGAGGAUGUUAGCAUGCUGGCAUUAGCAUUUCUUCACAGUAAUUUCUCAAUCUAAUGAGUCUUUCCUGUUUAUUUUAACAACAUCACAAUCACUAUCUCUGUAGCACACAAAGGCAUUUAUUGAUAUAAACACAAACAUGUGUCUGUGCAUGUUAUUUAUCAUUUUACAGUCACCUGAACAAUGUGAUAAAGCUGCAAUUUUUCCAGGUUUCAGAUGAGUUCAGGCUUGUGUCAGAAUAAUUCAACUUUGUCUCUCAAUACUGCCGACAACUGGGGGCCAAAUGUUCUUGUUCUGUACAUUUCCAUGAGAGUGUGAAUAAAAAAACAACUUUUUAACAUCCAUCUCAGUUUAAAGGUGGUUAAUUAAUUGUGUUGGUGGUGAGUUGAAGAUAAAACUUCAGCAAAUAAUAUCAUAAAAUUGACAUUUUAAGACUCAGAUGAUAAAAUAAAAUAAUUUAUGUGAUCAGGGCAGAGAAGCAUUUUAUUUUUCUACCAGCAGAUGGCGUCUGUGGCUUAACAUCUAACUUCAUCUUGCU